AUGGGGUGUGUGGCAAGCACGGUGGAGACCAGUGAGCCAGAGAGCUCACCAAAGAAUGCCAGAGGAAGCCAAACAGCCCCGAACCCUGGUAGGACCUUGCUGACAAGUUCUGCGAAUUCCCCAAAGGACGCUGAGGCAGAACAGACGGCUUCGCCGACAGGGCUGAGGAACUCGAGACCUGGUGGCUUCAUGCUCAACGAGGAGGUCACCUCACCUGUCUCGCCGGGCAAAUCCAUCUUGAGAAGCAAGAGUCUGCAGGGACUCGGUCACAAGGAAACCGGCCGCCGAGCUACGUUUGAUGCAGUGUCCUUGCAAGAGGAGGAAAUUGCACAUUGCCGAAGUGUAAAGCGACGGGUAACUCUCGGGCAAGCUGAAGUUCGCGAAUACCGGGUCCAGAUGACUCAAUCACGGAGUUUCUGA